CCUAUCGGCCAUCUUCAAUGUUUAUCGGUCACCACAAGUUCCAAAGAAAAAAAUAUACGAGAACUUUAAGAAAUUUUUAUCCUAAAUGACGCGGUAAUUGUUGCUAAUUUUAGCCAACCAGGAAAGUGGCAAGAUGUGGAAGGGCAACAUGUUGCUUCUGCUCCUGGUGGCAGCUGCACAAACAACGUCAAGUGGCGGCAGUGGUGAAAAUGUUCCUCCUCUACCUCUAAACAUAAGCAAAAACACAACCACAACCACAACAAAUGAAACCACAACUAGCAAUAUUAACAAAGUGCCUACGACCAUUAUUACUGGCUCUGCCACUGCUGGUGCUACUGCAGUUAACUAUAUGCCACUGCAGCAGACACCAGCAAACAUUUUCUUUGUCAACUAUAAUCAGCAGAAUGUCAUGCAGCUAAGAAGCAAUGUAGAGAGCAAUCUGCAUAGCAUACGUAAAUUUGAAAUGCUUGUGGCUAAGAUACAGGAAAUUUUCGAUUCCAUACACUUUGCCAGCGCAGUAGCAACAAGAUUAACCUCUGUCAACGCCAACGAGAGCGUGCAGCAGGAUCUGCAGGCAUUUAGUCAGCGUUUGGGACGCAAGCUGCAACGAGCCACUCAUGUGGUGCUAGAGCUGCGCGAUCUAUUGCGUUUUAAUUUGAGCAAAGUGCUAAUGCCGCAGCACAUCUACGAUGAUGAUGGCGACGAUGAGUUGGAAAAUGAAUUUGAUUUCGAGACGGAUGAAAUGGAUAGCAGUAGCCGAGCAACUGCGAGUAAAGAGCAGCAGCACAAGCAUCUCUAUUUGAAUACACAAAUCGUAAGCUGUCAACCGGACUACGAGAGCAAUAAUGUGGAUGCAACGUCAACUGGGUCGGGUGCGGUGCACUACAACAAACAGCAGAUACAAAUCCUUAACUAUCUGAAGUCGGAUGAAACAUCGCGCGUCACAUUCCUUAACGAGAAUAAUGGACGAUCACGCGAUGCCAACGCCUACAUAGCUGAUCAAUUGAAUUUGCUGAAGCAGCGUUUGAGCAAGAGCCAAAGUGACACUGAUGCCAAUAGCAACAUUAAUGGCAAAUCCAGCAGUAGUAGCAGCAUCAGUCACUUCAAGAACGUUUACUUUUUAUCCAGCAGCGAUGGAGCUGCCGCCAGCUCACAGUUUCGACAGCUUUAUGUUUCUGCCAUUAAACGCAAGUUCGUUAUGCUGCUCAUCGACAUUGGCUCUGCUAUGAAUGCGGAGCUAUUUGACAUCACCAAGAAUUUUAUUCAAGAACUGUUGAUGUUGCUGGAGGACACCGACUAUAUGUCAAUUGUGACAGUUUCUAAUGAGGCGGAUGCUUUCCCCGCUGAAGCUGAACACGGCAUUUACAGCACGACCCGUGCUCAUAAGGAUGAGAUACUUAACUAUGUGAACAACCUGAGCUUGGCACGUGCUUUAACCAAUCAUACGUUGGGCUUUGAAUACGCAUUCCAGAUGCUGCAUCGUCUGCAGCAAGCAAAGUUGAUUAACACCUCGGAGCAGCCUAUUGAAUUUGUGUAUGUAACACGUGGUCUGCUCACCAAUUUAUCGGAUGCCAUGUAUGUGUUGCGUGCACUAGCUCAAGGCCAGAGUCGUCUGUCCUCGCCAGUAAUUAUAAACACAUGUGCCGUGGUGCUGGAUGAAAAGCGCAUCAUGUAUGAAAAACAGUUCCUAAGCGAUGUGGCCACCCAGAACUAUACAAAGUUUGACAUCGAUGUGCGCAAUUGGCUAACACCCGGACAGGAAGAGCAGCUGGCUGGUCGUUUCUUUGUGUUGAAUAAAAUGCAUUCUGAGACCAUUCCUAAAACAAGCAGUCAAGUCUUUAGUCAGCUAUUUGCAGAACGUUUUCUGACUGAUACACUGCAAGUGCAUCAGCCCGUUGUGGAUCCAGAUAGCGGAGAUGUGCUUGUUUCCAUUACGCACGCUGUGGCGCCUUAUGGUGUGGUAGGCGUCAAUUUGUAUUUGGCUGAUUUGCUUGAGGAUCUGUUGAACUAUCCAAAUGCUUCGCCGGCCGCCAAGCAAGGUUAUAGUUAUGCCUUUCUCUUGGAUCGCAGCAGUGGCAAUACUUUGGCGCAUCCGGCAUUCCCGCGUCCGCUUAUUCAGCGUGAAACCGCUUAUCCUGUGAACAUUGCUUAUUUGGAGAAUGCCACAGAUUUCGCCAGCAUCCGACAUCGAUUGUUGCAUGAGGAGCGUGGCAAUGCCACUACUGGCAUCUAUUUAGGACGGCAACAUUUGCAGCGCACCUAUCACUGGCAAUCAGUGCUAGGCAUCUAUGUGCUGUGUAUGGUCAGCACUGCUAGUAUCAGCGCUAGUGGCUUUCAUAAUGCUUCUGCCCAGCUGCAGCUGCAGCGAUACAAUCUGAAAGACACUGUGAGCAGCUAUGAGCCAGGCUAUUAUGGUGACAGCAUGGAUCUAUUAUACCAUCGCUUGGAUCUAAUGCAAAAUGUCGGCGGCGCCAAUGGCGCGCCAACCACUUGUCGCUACUUUAGGCAAUUGGCUACGAUGGACGCCCCCACAUUGUUCCUUAGCGCCGCCGCCUUUGAGUCGCCGUUUGCCUUUCUGCACAACAAUCGACCGCGUACACAGCUGCGACAUGUAGAGUCCAUCAUGGCCUAUCUACGGGACACGAGUGGCCUGCUGGCCAAUCCCGGUCUGCGGCCACGCAUUCGCCACGAGGUGGGCGUGCUGUAUCAGGCAAUGCUGCACCUGCGACGUCGACAUCAGGACACGACGGGACCGCUGCGUGGUCAUAUCAUAAGGCGUUACAUUGCGAGUGUUAGCGGCGUGCUGCAAUUGUAUCCGGGCUGUUUGCUCAGCAAUAGUUAUGAUGCCACACGACGCCCGUGGUUUCGUCAGGCGAUGGCACAGCCAGGCCGUAUUGUGAGCACAGCGCCGUAUCUGGAUGCGGGAGGAGCUGGUUAUAUUGUGACCAUUGCGCAUACGAUAUUCGAGGGUAAGGCGCAUGCGAUGCAUUCGGCGCAGCAGGAUCGACCCGUGGGCGUGGUUGCCUUGGAUGUGCCCUAUGCCUUCUACUAUCGACUCAUCUUGGACAGCACGCCGUUGUGCCAGCUGCCGCAUAUGAAAUGUCUGCUGUUCGAUCACGAAGGCUACCUGCUGGCCCACCCCAGCAUGAUGGAAGUUUCAACGCUUUCGCGCAAUCAACGUCGCCCGCACGAGCAUCUGACGCACAAGGAAUCGUAUCUGGCCAACGAUAUACUGAAUCAUGGGCAGCUGGUGCGCAAAUUGGGUUGUGCCAGCUAUCAGAAUCGCACAUUGCAACGUUACUACGCGUUCAACACGUCACUGACCAGCAUCUUGGGCAAUGUGGUGCACGGAGAGCGCACCAAAUACGCCAUUGCCUUGAUACGUGGCAGCAAUCUGUUUGCGGCCGUGCUGAAUUCCAGUUGUGAUGGCGGCGCCUUUUGUCCGUGCAGCACCAUUGAUCGUGUGUGCCUAAACUGCAAGCGCAUGGAUCAAACCGAUUGCGAGUGUCCCUGCGAGUGUCCCAUGCUGUCGAAUGCCUCGACCAUCGAUGCGGAGAGCUAUGCCAACUAUACACAACAGUUCCCGUACUGCGCUCCGCCCAGCGAGCAUUUCCUGGCGCUGCCACCAACCAAUCAGCUACUAAGUAUGCUGCCCAGUUGCCUCACCGGAGCCGGUGGCUGUGAGAUGCAUGCCACGCAGAGGGAGUGUCUCGGCAUGAUGGGCUGCGAGUGGUGUCAACAAGAUGUGGAGGGCAACAGCUUUGGUGCCGCCUUCUGCUCGACGCAAGCGGGCUGCUUCAAUGGUGUGCUGGCCUCGAUGACGCCCUAUGGAGAACUGGAUGAACUGGAAAUGCUAGCAGCGCACAAUCCGCAGCGGGAGCAGCAUGCCUACUCUGCAUUCGGGCCACUCGGUGGCGCCAUUGUGGUGCUGGCGAUGGUCAUUGGCAUUGCCAUACAUUGCUAUCGGCACAAUCUGGACAAUCAGACGCAGGAGCAGUUCUACGUGGACUCAGUGCAGGAGGAAAACUAUGGUCUGCCUUUGUCACGCUUCAAUUUCGAUGACUGCCAGGCGCACGACGAGCCGCCCAUGGGUGGCUAUGAUCACACAGCAGCACAGCGACAGCUUAUGCAUGCGGCGGAUAUAUCGCCAUAUCACAUGUCCAGUGGCAGCAGCUAUUAUCGCCGCCCACCGAAUGGUGAAUCGGAUCAUGGUUAUAGCACGAUGACACCGCAUGAAGAUAGCUCGGAUCAACAGUGCUUUACGCUGGCCGAGCCGCUGCUGUUGCACGACAAGCGGCACAGCAAAUCGGACACCAUGUCCAUAUCCACAUCCAUAUCGAGUCCCACAAAUCGCCAGCAGUCGAGCAGCAAUGCGCAUCCGUAUCUGAGCAAUCAGCCGGCGAACAAAACGGAGCGUUACAAGCAACAGCAGCUGCAGCAGGCGACACCAUCGCCAUGUCGUGGUGCAGGUGCAGCAGGUGCUGUGUAUGGGCAGACAACACUGCCGUUAGAUGCCGAGGAGCCGUCGCGUUCACACUACAUUCUGGCGCCGGUGACGGUGCAUCGGCAUAUGGAAACCGCCGAGUCGUAGUCCCAGUUAGUUUGUUAAGUUUCAAUUUAACCUUAAGAUGUCCGCUUGUUUGCCAAUUUGUGUAUUUUGUAUUUAGGAAUAUUUGCGGACGGUUCAACUGUCGCUCCCUCCUCCUCCAAUUGCAAUGGUUUGAAUAGCACUGCUCAGCCUGCAGCAGUAAUGCAAUGGUUUGAACAGCACUGCUCAGCGUGCAGCAGUGAUUGCAAUACACAAACACAUCACACUUACAUUAACGAAAUGCCAGCCAAUUUAGCCUUUAAGUCGUUUACAUAUAUAUAUAUAUAUCGUUACUUACUCUGCCAUUUUUUUAUUCGAUAUAGUACACAGACACACACAUUGUUGGUGCGGUGUACGAUAAUUUAUUGAAACAAGUAUUAUUAUUAUGCAGCUACUUCCAAUAUUUUUAGCAUUUACAACCUAGAUUUGUUAAGCACGAUAAAUCAACUAAUUAUGUACUUAUUAAGCGCAAGUAUGUUAACAAAAUACGACACCACACGAAACAAGAGUAUACUUUUUUGGUAAUAGCUAUUAAGUCCGUACAGUUACUAACUUUCGAUUUUAGUAAAUAAACGCGUAUUACUUGUACGAAGUAUGUUUUCAAUAAACAACAACAUCAACUACAAAAUUGCACCAAUGCGUAACUAAUAAAUUGAAAGUGCUCAA